UCUCGAUGGUUCCAUGGCAGGAUUACCGGGAAGGAAGCUCAGAAACUCUUACUUGAAAAGGGAAAAUAUGGUAGUUUUUUGGUUCGGGAAUCCGUUCAUCAACCCGACUCCUACGUCUUGUCGGUGGCUACUGGCGAACAGGUGUCACACAUCCUUAUCCGUCAGAAAUCUGAUGGAAAAUUUGAUGUGGGUGGCGGUCACCAGUUUUCAACAUUGAAGGAACUGAUAGACUUCUAUACACAAACGCCGAUGGUCGAGAAGAGUGGCGGCCUUGUUUGCCUCAAGCAAGUUAGUUCCGCUCUGAAUGUCAUUUUUUAUAUCUCUUCGCUUUAA